CUCACGGUGACGACAGCCAGCGCUUCACACGUGCCGUCGCCAUGUUCUGCGCAACGAAAGGACAGCGUCAGAUCCGUAGAUGUGGAACUCAGAAUCGCCGCUUGCGGCCAUGCGAGCUCUACUCAAGAUGCUUGUGGGGUCCCUCAGUUGACGACUCGCCGAAGCUGGCUGCCUGCUGACGUCAGUAGUAUGGAACCGGUGCCCACUGAUCUCACUGCAGGCGCGACAACCUCGAGUCCGGGAACCGAAGGAGACAGGAAGCAGAGAGAGCACCGUCGCCUCACAACAAUCAUCGACCAGCUGACAAGCAACAGGACGCGUGACCACGGACAGCCCCAGCAAGAUUCAGAAAGCAGCGUCAACGAAAUAACGUACACCGAGAUACCUUGGGGGGAGGGCCAAGCUGACUUGGAGACUGUACCUGGUGCAACGGACCUUCACCACCAGCAGGCAUCUGCAGCCGCAGGGUCCGCCGCUCUGGCUUCAGCCAAGCCUCGGGGAAAGCGUCGUGGCGCUACAGUUUCGAGGGACAACGGUGCCACAGGCGCAAUGAACGGCUCCACCAGCACAGCCGAUCACCAAAAUAAUAAUAAUAACAACCCUCCCGUGAAAACCGAAAGGCUGAGCCCCUCCACAACCACGUCUUCUACUACUGCGACCACCACGACCACUGUGACAUGUGGCGGGACGGUCAGUGCGACCUCUAACACACCCGAUAACAAUAGUUCGUCUUCCAGAAGUGCGACUCCUUCCUCAUCUUACCCCGGGACUCCUCCUGGGUCCCUGACUGCCGAGAGAGCGUCAAGCCCGUCUUCAUCUCCCGCGGGGCAGCUCAGACAUGUGGACCAGAUGGUAGUGAACCGAAAUUACAGCGACUUCAUGCGCAGCCUUGCCGCCAAGUACAACAACGCCAACCCGAACGAUUACUUCAGCUCACCUACCAGAAAUGGUUUCCCUGUUAGUCUGGAUCCUCGAUUCACACCUUUCAAGACAGGCGCAACUCCUUUUGUGAGCCUGAUGACACCGCUAGCAACUACGACGAUGCCGUCUCCUGGUCAGCACAAGAAUAACAAUAUGGCGGCUAGCAGUAAUAAUACGCCGACAUCAUCGGGCAACGCCAUCAGUGGUACAACAGCAACUUCAAAGGACGGUGUUAUAGACAUGAAUAAUCUGAAGAAACCAUCAUCGUCCUCUGUAGAAGCGCAGCAAGCACUGUACGCUGCCGCUGCAGCAAAUUUCGGUACAAACCCUUUCAACACGGCUGCGGGGAGCACAACCCCAAUGUUCCCUCCCCUUAUAGAUAUGAGCUCCACCCAGGCGCUCCUCAGCAUGGUCCGAACUGCCAGUGCACAUAACGCCUCACAACUUGAGACUUACCUGAAGGGUGCUAUCAAGAGACCCCCACCGUCCGAAAGCAGCCCCCUCGACCUGUCUUCAGCGUCGACCCCUACACAUGGGAAGAGAUCACGGACUAACAAGGGUCUUAGUGGUGCUAGUGAGAAUAUAUUCUUGAACAGUGACUCUUUACUUCACGUGCCGAUGGUGGAUGCGUUGAGGACUACGAAAGAGAGGCUCGGGAAAAGGACUGGAAGUGUGUCACCGAAACCUCCACUGAGGAAUAACGGAGGCAGUUCUGCCGGAAGUAGCCCCAGGUUGUUACCAUCAUCCACAGUGACUUCGGCGUCCGUCGUGGCAAGUCAGCAACACCUUUUGGGAAGGAACUUGCCAUGUUUAUCCAUGUGUACGGCGGACAGGACGUGCUCUUCGGGUGGCGAUGCGCAAGCCAUGGCACAGUGGAGUGUUGAAGACGUGUGCAGUUUCGUGGCAUCUGUCGAUAUCUGCGCAGAGUACGCAACGAAUUUCCGUGAACAACGCAUCGAUGGCUCUUCAUUGCCACUUCUGACGGAGGACCACCUCACAACAACUUUGGGCAUGAAGUUAGGACCCGCGCUGAAACUGAGGGCAACGCUGUCUCGAAGGCUUGGCCACUGUGCCAUUUGCAUGCAUUGUGUUCACUGCCAUAGUGCACCCAACUCUUUGGCUGCCAUUGUUUCACCAGCUCAAACACCACCUUCAGUACUUAACACUACCACUGGUAGACCAAACAGCACUGGAAACUGAAAUUUGGCAGUAAACAUUUCCUUAAUUUUUCCUGUGUUCACAGUUGUGUUUGAUCUCACUAGUACUGACUGCCACUGUGAACAGUUCCUGAAUACUUGCCUCAUCAAUGUUUAAAUUUUAUUCUACCUUUAAGUGACAAAUCAUGUUCCCGUAAGUCUACAUUGAUGCCAACCAAAUCAUGUCAUUCCAAUGGCGUCUUCGGGAAACAUACAUGAUUUGUAUUAUGACUGUUUGUGUUUUAUUUAAAAAUACCCCAGUACUUGAAGACCACAACUUGUAGCAUUUGAAAGAAGAGCACUUCAUCUUCACUGCACUUCUGAGUGACUUCUUUACUGGAAAUGAAUGAUGAUUGUUACACUGAAGAAGUGACUUGAAUAUAUAAAGUAUAGUGUGACACAAUUGAAGUGCUGAUGUAAUUGAACUGGAUGGAUUUCAGUUAACUGUAGAAGUUGCAGUCUGCAGAUACAACUGAAGAGAUAGACCACAACCAUGUUUUAAGUUCAAGACAUUGAUCUUGUUAGUUCAUAGAAUUUAAAGCAAGGAUUAAAUUUAUGAUAAAACAUUUUUGUGAAGACAAAUUUUUGCCACCUUUUUGUCGGUUUAUUCUCUUCCCAUUCUGGCGGUCUUAACUGACUCAGUAGUAAAUACUUGCUUAUGUAAACAGUUAGAAAUGAUUUAUUGUAUAUGGUGCUAUCAUUUUGGGUUACUUUGUAUGGACGCUGUCUUAAAUUGCUCAACGGAGUUUUGAGACUAUUGUGUAUCACAGGAUACUUAAGGAAAACCAGUUUAGAUAUGGAUCUAGACUAAGGCCAAACAGUGAUCUCUGAUCAAAGUGCAAUAUUGUAAAGGUUUCUUAUCGGUAACAUAUUUUGGACUUAUAUAUUAAACAUCAAUUUUAAACAUCCUUAUUGUGUACAUGUUCCUCUCAUGUCCAUGUCAUUUCUGUCAUUUUCGCAACAGACAUCUGUGUAACAAGAAGUUAUUUAUAUACCAUUUUCAUUAUAUGACUAUGAGAGUACAUCAAGGUGUCACAGAAUUUUCGUUUCAUAAAUUUAAUAACUAAAUUUAGUUUAAAAUAUUCUAGGACUGUCACAGCUAAUAUAAUUUAUGAUUCUUAACUAAUCAAUGAAUUCUGUAUUCACCAAUCAGACUUGAUCACGUUAUAUAGUUAGACUGCAUCAUUUUUUUCUGUGUUGCUGAUCUUAAACUCUGAAUGCAAAAUUCGACAAGAAACAUUUACGUUAUCUUACAUGGUCAAUGUCUGUAUCUGUUGCUAUCAAUGUGGAUAUCCAUGGUACUUGCACACACACUAGCAAAUGCACACACUUACCAAAACAAUUGGAAAAAUGCAUAUAAUUAUACAUCAGAGUAUAUGCAUUUGCUGGUAUAUAUGUGUUGGUUGAAGAAAAUGAAGACAUCUUUAUAAUAUGAACAGUAGAUUCAUGGUUGGUCAUAGUGUAGGAAUAAUUUGCCCCUCCCGUUCUAAAAGUUUGUAGAACCAUUACAAAUACUAGUUUCUGUGUACCUUGAAGGUUGUGUUCCUGGCAAAUGUGCAUUACAUGAUUUUAUGCUAUUCAAAAUAUUAGAUACAUCCCACACUUACAGCUGAGAGAAUAUUCCCUUUUAAGUCAAUGUACGUAAACUAAGGAACAAAAUGAGUGUUAGCACCUGCAGUAACAACAGUUUUAUAUCUAUUCUUCACUUUAUGUAACACUCAAGUAUUAAAUCAUACAUGAGACUAUUAGUAAGAAAAUUUGUACUUCAUAUUCUUCUGUGGAAUGUUUGUCUCUGUGUGACUGUCAUGACAUUGUAAGCUGGACAGUGUUUUGAUUUUUGUACUUGAGUAUAUUUGUAAAAGACCUUCAGCUUCCAUUUGUGCUGCUGAUAACCCUACCCACCUGACAGUGACAGCAGCAUUGAACUGUUUCCAUCUUUCCUGUUUUGAACUGAACUGACAGUACUGCCAUCUUUGUAUAACAUUAUAACAGCCAGAAUGUCCCUCAUAUUCCAUCCCCCUUCACUGAUGGACUGAUUGACAUAUAGCCUUACUGUAAUACUGACAACUGUGGUAGGAUAUAUUUGGAUUCUGGUAUCAGCCUCACUUUUGCUUGCUUUCCCAAAUUGAUUGUUCUUCUUGUUUACGUACAGGUUACACAGAAGUGAUCCAGCAUCUACCACAGAUCCAUGCACAUGAUCAUUGCAUUCUAUGCAGAAGUGGGUAUUCUCAUAUUUCUUCUGAAAGACAUGGAAAUUUACUUCAUCACCGCCAUUUUGUUUGAGUUCUUACUUCACACUCAGGAUAAAUUAUAACUCUUUCAAUAU